GAGUGCGGAAUUUGCAAAUCCAAUUCCAAUUCUGGGAUCCCUAAUCUUAUCCUUCGACGCCGCCAUGAACAACGAUGAUCGGGAGUUGUUGAACCCGGAAGCGGUGCUGUCAAUCCCACUGAAGAAGACUGAUCCGGUGGAGCUGUACCUUCCGUUACGUAACUUGAUAGCCUCAAAAUACUCGGAGAGCGAUGCACAAAAAGUUGAAAGCGUUCUGGAAACCCUAAACAAAUGCCGCAGCGACAUGGUGGAGCGUAGAGGGGACCUCUCCCUUCCCAUGCAACGUGACUGCCUCCUCCACUACUUCAGAUGCCUUUCCAUGGUUGAGCCACUCUUCACCUCUAUCUCCUCCGACGCCGACCCCAUUAUCUUUGUUUGGUACGACGCCUUCAACCCUGAGCAUCAGGAUGGGGUCUCCUCACAGCGCAACGCCAUCCAAUUGGAGAUGGCCGCUGUUGUCUUCAACCUUGGAGCCAUCUGCAGCCAGAUUGCUGCCUCUUGCGACCGUACCACCGCCCUUGGCCGUCACCUUGCAAUGGAAGCCUUCAAAGUUGCCGCCAAUUUCUUCUUCAAACUCUGGAAGGUUUUUGCCAAAGACGUGGUCUCUGCCACCCUCGAUUUGACUCUCCUCUUCGCGGAGUUUCUGCACCUCCUCUUCUCUGCUCAGGCUUCCGAGCUCGAAUUACGGGAACAACUCAACAACAACGACGCCAGUGACGCUCUCCAACAACACCGAUGUGCCCUAUCGUUUAGAUCGGUUUCUAAGCUUUAUCGUAGAGCAUAUGCACUGAUACCUACUGAUUCGGCUGCACGGAAACAUGUCCGCUCUUUUGACCAAACCUGGGUAACUCAUCUUUACCAGAAGAAGAGAUUCUUUGAGGCGGAGGCUCGUCAGAGGCAAUCAUCCAUCCUACCCGAAUCCGAGCUACCUGGAGUAUACUCAUCGGUCAAAUCUUGUGCUCUUGAUCAUGAUGCAGAAUGUGUCACUGAGACAUUAGUUAGAGGGAUUUGCAGGCUCUCAAGGAAACACAAGCAAUACCGAAACCGAAACGUAACACUAAUGCACGUUGACCUCAUCUCCGAGUACAAUCCUUUCAAGAUUAUGAAGGAUGGAAAGCUGGUGGCUUACCCAUGGGACAUGCCUCCUCCUUAUCCAACAGAUUGGCCAAUCCUCUCAUCUUCGUCCUUGGCGGAUAUUCUUGGAUUCCCUCCUCUGAAGAAGAGUGAGCCCUUGAAUUUCUAUGAGUCCCUCCACAAUUACUUUGUCCUCAAAUACUCUGAGAGCGUGGCAAAGAGAGUAGAAGGCCUUCUCGAAAUGCUACACAAAUUGCGCAUUGAGAUGCUGCGUGAUGACCUUUCUCUACCAUUUCGCCGUGAUUGCCUCAUCCGUUAUUUCAAAUGCCUUUGCAUGAUUGAGCCUUUCUUCCCUAUGAAUGCCUCACCCAAUCCACCUAUCUUUGUUUGGUACAAUGCCAUCAACCCUCAACAGGACUCUUCUCAGCAUAACAUUCAUUUGGAGAAGGCCUCUGUUCUCUUCAACCUGGGAGCCCUCUGCACCCGCAUUGCUCUCUCCUGCGAUCUCACCACCGCCCACGGCCGUCACCUUGCCAUGGAUGCCUUAAAUGAUGCUUCAAGUUGGUUCUCUCUACUGUCCACGUUUGAGUCUCCCAAUGCAUCUGGCACGAUUGACUUGUCAGAACGCUACAUCCAUAUGAUAAGAAAUCAUUUUCCCGGCUUGAAAUCGAAGUUUUGUUUUCCCCCAUUAUCUGGAUAUCCUGCUUCAACUAAUGAUCCGUGGAGUGAAGUCACUCAAAAAUUUCUUUUAGGGUAUUGUAAUGCUCACUCCCUGCUUCAAUGGGUAUGUGAAGCACCAUGCUUAGAUCUUCUCUCUGAGGUUAACCCUGUCAAGAUUAAGGAUGGAAAUCUUGUGGCCAAUGCCGCAACCUUAGAGGCACCAAAUUUGGUAUUAGAGAACACGAGCUUGUAGAACAUUACUGUAGAGAAAAACUUUAGGAAUUAACUGUGCUUCCAAUGUUCAUAGAUCACUGUACAGUAUCUUUGAAUUUGUUGAUGAUGUGAAUUUUUUCCCCUUUUUUCUUUUUUGGUGGAAAUAGGACUGUUUUAAAGUCAUAAAGAGUUUCAUGUAUUUAUUUA